UCGUUGUUGCUUCCGAGGCUUCAGAAUUCAUGAUGAACUUACUUCAGAUUGUGCGUGACCACUGGGUACAUAUACUUGUCCCUGUGGGAUUUGUCGUUGGAUGUUAUCUAGACAGAAAGAAUGAUGAAAAGCUAAUUGCCUUCCGGAACAGGAGUCUGUUAUAUAAAAGGGAAUUAAGACCCAGUGAAGAAGUCACGAGGAAGUAAAAGUUGCUGCUGAAUUACAGAAUGUUCACAUUUUUUAAAUUAUAAGA